AUGUCAAUUUCCAAGCACGGAUACGGUGCGAUUGCCAUGAUCGUCAUCGGCACGCUUUACAACACGGUCGCUGUGAUACUCCCCCUGUGGACCGCUAAUUUCACCGUCAAUUCAGCACUUACCAACGAGGUAGCCAGCACUUACUUCAAGGCCGGUCUAAUGGGUUUCUGCAUCAACAGUGAACUCACGGAUUCAAGCUCGACCCUUGACCAUUGUUUCCACUACAAGUUUGGGUCUGGGUACGACGGCCUCUCCGUCAUCAACGAAAUGAUAUGGACCAAAUACUCAAAGUUCGCCACGUGCGAGGGCUACAGCAAGGCUGGUGAUGUGAGCGACGCUGAGCGUCUGGCAUACGCAUCAGUGCUGGCGACAGCCGCCGGCAUGGAUGCGAAACAAUUUGACAGGUUUCUGGACAAGUCGUGCGGGAUACUCGGUAUGAGUACGAUGACGACUGGUGGCAUGAGCAUGUCGAACGGUCUGAUGGCGAUAAUUGCCAUGGUGGGUGCGAUCACAUGCUGCAGAGGAAACGAGAAGUGGAUUGGCGCCGGCUUCUUCUUGGCUGCCGUGGCUGCUUUCACGGCGAUGCUAACGAUCGUGCUGUGGGUCGUGCAGGCGGGACCGUUGGGUGAGAAGGACGACACAUCAUUGAAGACGGGAUACUUUUUGAUGAUCAUCGCAAUGCUGCACUAUCCUUUGGCAAUUUUCAUGUUUUGGAAGCACUUGAAAACGGACAUUGGAAAGGAUGGAGGGUUGACAGCGUAG